AUGCCUGCCGCCGUGGCCCAUUCCCAUAGGCCAACCACCAAGGUCACCCACAAGGCCUUCAAGUCCAAGGCCGCCUCCAAGCACGAGUUGCGAGACCGUGCCAAGGGCCGGGUACCCAACGAGAAAGGAUCGCGAAAGACGCCGCAUCAACAAGUCAUGUCCAAGUUUGACCGACGAAACCAGGCCAAGCAGACCCGCCUUACCAAGCACAAGGAGCACCUCAAGAGCUCCUCUAUUUUCAACAGCCGCGAGGGCGCCCCCAGAAUCGUUGCCGUCCUGCCGCUGUGUGCCGAUGGUGAUGCCGCCGCCGCCAUCGAGCAGCUGAAUGGCAGCUUAGACAUUACGGCCAGUGUUCAGCCCGGAAACUUUCGAGUCCCCGUCGACCGCUUCAAGCAGAAGCUCCAAUAUAUCCCCCUCCAGCGCGAUCUCACUGAGUGCCUCGAUGCUACUCGUGUUGCCGACUUUGUCGUCGUCGUGCUCUCUGCGUCCGUCGAAGUCGACCCUCUUGGCGAGCUCAUCUUGCGCGCAGUCGAGAGCCAGGGUUUGUCUACACUCUUCACCGUCGUUCAGGGUCUAGAAAAGAUUGAGCCCGCCAAGCAGCGCCCUGGCGUCGUCAGCUCUCUCAAGUCCUUCAUUACGCAUUUCCACCCCGAGCAGGAGAAGGUCUUCAAUCUCGAAAAUAGACAAGAAUGCGCCAAUUUGAUGCGCUCGCUAUGCAGCACAACGCCCAAGGGGGUAAGAUGGAGGGAUGAGCGCAGCUGGAUGCUCGCUGAGGAUAUUCAGUUCGCCAACACCGAAUCGGACUCGACGGUCAUUACUGGUGUGGUCCGUGGUCGGGGCCUCAAGGCCGAUAGGCUGGUGCAAGUUGGUGACUGGGGUACUUUUCAGGUUGAAAAGAUUGUCGCUGCGCCGCUCUCCAAACAUGGCAAAGGCAAUGCUACGCAAUCGGCCGAGGACGAGGCCAGCCAGUUGCUCGACGAGCCCAGCGACGAUCGCGAUGACCUGAACGAAUUGGCUCCUGAGGACGUCGUCAUGGAUGCUGACGAGCCUGAGGAAGAUCCUGCCGCCCCCAAGAAGGGUGUGCUUCUUGACGACCACCACUACUUCUCUGACGAGGAAGAGGAGCAAAAGGCAGAGCAAGAAAGGAGAAAGGUUCCCAAAGGAACAUCCAAGUACCAAUCGGCCUGGUAUCUCGAGGAUGUGUCUGACUCCGAGUCAGACAUGGAAGACAUGGAAAUGGAGGACAGCCACGCCGACGAGUACGAAGCCGCUCCGGAAGACGGCAUUGAGGGCUAUGCUCAGCCAGAGCCCACGGAAGCUGGUCCUUCUGAGUACCCCCAGUCGGAGAUGAUGGAGGAGCUAGACGAGGCGGCCGACGCCGAGCAGCUGGCCCAGUACCGCUUGAAGAAGCGUGACGAGGCCGAGGACGACAAGGAGUUCCCCGACGAGAUCGAGCUGCACCCACACGUGCUCGCACGCGAGCGCCUUUCUCGCUACCGCGGCCUCAAGAGCCUGCGCACCAGCGUGUGGCAGGAGGACGAGGACCGCGCCCACGAGCCCGAGGACUGGCGCCGGCUCCUGCAGAUCCCAGACUACGCCUCGUCCAAGUCGCGCGCCGUCCGCGAGGCCCUCGUCGGCGGCGUCGAGCCCGGCACGCGCGUGCAGGUGUUCGUCAAGGGCAUGGCCCCGAGCCUGGCGCAGUCCCACAAGCCGACGUCGCACGUCACGCUCUUCUCGCUCUUCCGCCACGAAAACAAGAAGACGGCCGUCAACUACCUCUUCAACCUCAGCACCGACUACGGCAAGUCGGUCAAGUCCAAGGAGGAGAUCAUCGUGCAGUGUGGCCCGCGCCGCAUGGUCAUCAACCCGCUCUUCUCGCAGGCCGGCACCACACCCAACGACGUGCACAAGUACGCGCGCUACCUGCACCCCGGCGGCAGCGCCAUCGCCACCUUCAUGGGCCCCGUCACCUGGGGCGCCGUCCCCGUGCUCUUCUUCAAGCGCACGACGCCCGGUGAAGUCCUGCAAGAGGGAGAUGGCCCGAGCCCCGGCCUAGCCCUCAUCGGCACCGGCACCGCGCUGCCGCCGUCGACCAACCGCGUCGUCGCCAAGCGCAUCAUCCUGACGGGCCACCCGUACCACAUCAACAAGAAGAUCGUCACCAUCCGCUACAUGUUCUUCAACCGCGAGGACGUGGAGUGGUUCAAGGCCAUGCCGCUGUGGACGAGGCGCGGCCGCAGCGGCUACGUCAAGGAGCCGCUCGGCACACACGGCUACUUCAAGGCCACGUUUGAUGGUCGCAUCAACCCGCAAGACUCAAUCGGCAUCAGCCUGUACAAGAGGGUCUGGCCGCGCAACGCGAUGCCGAUCCGCGAGUCUCUGCUGGAAGCGGGAUCCGUUGCUGGUGCUGUUGAAGGUGAUGGCGACUUGACCAUGGCGUAA